AUGAAACGUCUGGAGAGGGGUUACAGCAAGAAGAUGACAGAGUACAGCCAACAAUUGAGCUCUUCCAAAUCGCCUGGAAGUGAUGAAUGGUUGAAAACCUACUCUGAAUAUGCAAAAUAUGCUCGAAGACUCAAAGGUUGGUACUCAAGAUGGAUCAGAUUCUUGAUCAAACGUCGACGUGUGUAUCCUAAGUGCACGGAUAAGAACAAGAAGUGCGGAAGUUAUGAGUCGCUGACCAAGGAAAUCAAAACGAAUCGUGAGCGAAACUCAAAUUUUCAAAAAAUGCUAAUUGAAAAAAAUCAAGAGUGGCUGAAGAAAAUUGACAAGUCAAGCAAAGCCCACAAACGGCUCUCUGCAGACCUUGAACGCAAUGAGAAGCUUCAGAAGGCACGUCAGCGAUAUGUAAGAUAUCGAAGAAAUGUCGCAAAGUCCAGAAAGUAUCGCAGAGGGAGCAAGGACUACAAAAAGGCGAUUGAAAAAGCCAAACACAGGUUUGAGCAGUUGAUCAAAACGUAUGAAGCAGGUUCUGAGCGAUGGACAAAGUACACCGAUGGACAGAAAGAAUGCACCACAAAAUACUACCGAGGGUUCCGUUACAUUAGGUUGUAUCGAAAACGCCUGUUCAGAAUGUAUCGCGCGUAUGUGUCGUGGUUGGGUCGACUAAGACGAUCAAUGGGUCGCCAUACCAACGAGUAUAAAGAAAUUUCCAAGGAACUCCGUGAGAUCAAAAAGAAGACUUCUGAUUCAUACAAGGCUUUGGCUGUGAGGUAUAAGAAGAUUUGGAAGUGUUACAAGAAGGGUUCGCAUGGUUACAAUUAUUGGUAUCGUCGAUAUCACCAUGCAUCUCGAUGGUACGGACGAAUGCUCGCGGCCAGACGAACUAGGGACAAGAGAAGAGCUCUGCGGAAUAAGCGUCGAGUUUGGAAGUAUAAGGUCACAAGUGACAAGUACAAGAAGUACAUCGAAAGGAUCGAUGCAAGGUGGAAGAAGAUAAAUGCCAUUUAUCAGAAAUGGGAAGCGUAUUGGAAGGGUCAUCUUGAGAAGAGAAAGCUUGGAAGCUCUCGUUGGUUGCAUGCGUACUAUCAUUGGAGAAGAUACGUAUGGAGAGGCUACCGUUGGUACUGGUGGUACAUUCGUUUCAUGAAGAGGAGAAGGCGAUAUCUCAAACGUUAUCCCGACAUGUACAAAUCAGUGACCAAAGACAUUGAAACAUAUGAAAAGGCAAGAAGAGAUUGGAUUCAAUCUUAUUACAAAACUGUCAAGGAGUACAACGAAAAGCUGAAGUCCAAGAAGGAUAGCAAAGCGGCACGACGUCUGGCAGCUUCCAGAGAGCGGAGAAAACAAACGAAAACUUGGCGCUCAAACUAUCACAAGUGGAUGGAGUGGGAGAGAAAAUUUUGGUCGACUAAGGCAGGAAGCAAGGAUUCCAGAGAAGUGCUGUACAAGAUGAGAAAAUGGAGAACUCCGGUCUUGAAGUUUUUCAAAGAUCAAGUAGACGAUUACAACAAGAAACUUGGAUCUUUGAAGAAAGGAUCUCACAGGUAUGAGCACUACUGGAAGUACCACAUGUGGUGGCGUUACUAUGUCCUAUGGGUCUAUAGACGUAUGGUCUGGUUUGAUUACAAACGGGCAGCCAGGUUGCGCAAGGGCUCCGCUCUACGAGCCCAAGUGACGAGGUUGAGAUACAAGCACAUGAAGACCAUGCUGGAGUACCUCGGAGACAUGAAGACAGAACUGAAGAAGCACCUCAAGGUUUGCAGACGAGGUGGUAGAGCCUAUCGAUACUGGUGGAGAUGGCACAGGUGGACUACUUCAUGGUACUCUCGUUACCGCUCCAUCUGGAGGUCCAUGUUGAAGAGCAAAUCGAAGAGAUAUCGCAGAAGAGUGUGGCAAAUGAAGGUGGGAAGUCGCAGUUAUCGAAUCUAUGUACAACGAAUCUGGAAACGAUGGCAACGAGUUUGGCACUAUUAUGUUCGGAAGAUGGUGUGGUGGAGGGCAAGGCUAUACAAGUACCGUCCUGGCUCGCAUCGAUGGAGGAGAUCGUUCUACUACUACAGGCUGUAUUGGGCUCGCCUCAUCAACUGGGGGAAGUGGUGGAUUCGGUUCUUGCAACAUCGUCAGAGAUACUACAAGUCGGGCACCAACGGCUACAAGAAGCUUGAGAUCCAAAUUCAACGCUGGCAAACGUGGAGGAAAAAUCUCCGACACAGUUACCUGAAGCGUUUGGAGUAUUGGUCUGAGAAGCUCAAGAAGUACAAUUCUAAAGGGAAGGCCUACCAAUCCCUCAAGAACAGGCAAAGCGCUUAUCAGUCCAGGAAAGAUUUCAGAAGUUUGUGGCGAGAGUAUUACUAUGCCAUGUAUUACACUGUUCGUUCAAAAGCCGGCUCGGAACGAUGGAAGAAAUAUGAACCAACAGUUGAAGGCCUCAGAGACAAAGUCUACGAUUGGUACAAACAAAAGUGGGAAUCUUAUGAAGCCAAGCUGAAGAAUUUGUCCAAACGCAGCAGAAAUUACACUAGGUACUUCAGAUUUUACGCUAUCUACAAGUGGAAAGGAAUGCGUGUCCACAUGUGGGAUGUUUGGUACAAGAACUGGCUUGUCCGCAGAUUGCGUGGGUCUGAGAGAAACGAAGCUCGUGGAAAGCUCCACAAGGCAAGGAGUGUUUUGCGAGAUGAUUACAAGGAUAUCGCUCACUUCACCAAGACUCGAAUGUCACAAAUUCGUAAGCGUGGAAGAGAAUGGAAUUGGUGUUACGCGUGGUAUCGAUGGAGCACCAAGCGACUAGGAAGAGCUCGAGCAAGAACUCGAUACAGGUCACGAAGAAGAGCAUACUACUGGUUUCAUCGAUUCUACAACCUCAAGGUGGGGUACGAACAGUCGAACAAAGCUAGAGAGCACAUCGAGAAGUACUACAACCGAGUGUUGCAGUUCUACGAGGGGCGAAUGGAAUAUUGGAAGAAGAAGUUGGAUAAGUAUCGUCCAGGAUAUUACCACUGGCGGCAUGCCAUGUAUCACUACAGGUCGUACAACAGGCGCUUGCUUCACUGGUAUGCCUGGUGGAUCAACUUCCACAAGAAAUGGAGUCACAUGUACUCAACGUCGAGCGAUGACUACAAGAAGAUCCGCGGCGAAAUGGACAAGGUGCGAGAGAAGAAGAAGCAGGCGCAACAGCAGUUUUUGAGCACAGUGAAGACGUGGGUCGGCAAGCUGCCCAAGAGCUCGGCAGCGUACAAGUACUGGGAAAGGUAUUACUCUCGAUACAGCGAACGAUCCGCGAACUAUCGCCAGCCCCUUAGAGAUAUGUACAAGUUGGAACGCAGCUGGUGGGCGGUGCGCAAGAAGGGAUACAAGGAUGAAGAAUUCCUCAAGGCCUGGAAAGAAAUGAGGCGAUCAGAAGAGAGCGUGAUGGAUAUCCUUGAGAAGCGCGAGAACGAUUACUCGAAGAAGGUUCUUGCAGAGCGAAAGCACAAACGAUCUAGACAGUACCGUUACUACUUCCGCCGUAUGUUGUGGUACUCCUACUACAGGUGGUACGUGCUGCGGAGGCGGUCGUUCUGGAGCCGAUGGAUGAUGAAGUAUGGAGGUGUAGACAGGAGUUCCUACUUCUACAAGAAGCUCUGGCGAGAAUACAAGAAGUCUCGAUAUCAGAUGUACGCCAUCUACAACACAAUGAUCUUAAAACUGCACCAGCGACUGCACGAACUUAACCGACGAUCGCGCUGGUGGAGGUACUGGUAUCGCUGGUACCGCUGGGCAAGGUACAAGAAGAAGGCGUAUCUGAGGUGGCGAUCCUCCUACUCCAAGAGAAGCUCCGCCAGGACCAGGUCCUCGCUGUGGUCGUACAAGUAUCACUCCAGAGAAUACAUGAGGGUUUACGCACGGGUGUGGAAGUACUGGCUCCGGAUGUGGCAAUUCUACGUGAAGAGAAUGGUGCGCUGGAGAAAUGCAGUAGCGCACACUAGACCCGCAGGAGACAAACGAUGGCGUCGAGACUACUACAGGAUGAUGCGAUACCAAGGGCGCAUGCUGUACUGGAUGGGAUGGUGGAUCAGAUUUACAAGGAAGAGGCAGCGAGUCUUCACAAAACCCGGAACUUCUCAGUACAAUGCUCUUGAGCGUAGCAUCAACGCCUGGACAAAUUGGCGAUCAAGAUGGCGCAAGGUGUUCACCAGGCGCAUCCAAUACUGGAGAAGCAAGAUAAAGUCGGGAACCGUGGGAUAUCGGCUUGUAGACCGAUACUGGAAGCUCUAUGAAGGAAGAGAGACCUACACAGACAUCUUGAGGACUUUGAGACAAGAAGAGCACAAGUGCUGGUUCUCCGGAAACUGCGAUGGGGCCAAGAUGAAGGAAUAUCGCGGAAAGCUCGUGAAAAUCUAUGACGACUACGCCAAGAAGUGGGAGGAUCGCAUGUCCAAGUACAAGAAGGCAUCUCGGCGCUACAUCUGGAGCUUCCGUCACAUGUUCUGGUACAAGUAUUACUCCAUGCGUGAGUUCCGAAGGGGCCUGCGGAUCGCGACCAAGAACAAGAACCAGGAUAGAAUCGACUUCAACAAGAAGAACGGACAUGAGAGGUUGGAUUGGCUGAUCAACAGGCUCGAACAGGACAAGAAGGGACUUCCAAAGCGGGCAUGGUGGUAUCGGGUCAUGCGCGGAACCGUGAUCUGGUUGAAGGUCCAUUACAAGCUCUUCCUUUAA